UUUGUUUUGAGUCAUUAUUAGAUUCGCUCCUGUGACAAGAGGAUAAAGACGUCUAUAUCGUGCUCUUCCAGAAAAGAACAUUUGUUUCGUAAAGAUGCAGAUCUUUGUAAAGACGUUGACUGGUAAGACCAUCACCCUUGAAGUUGAGCCCAGCGACACCAUCGAGAAUGUCAAGGCCAAGAUCCAGGACAAAGAAGGUAUUCCACCUGACCAGCAGCGUCUGAUCUUUGCUGGUAAGCAGCUGGAAGAUGGACGCACCCUCUCGGACUACAACAUCCAGAAGGAGUCCACCCUCCACUUGGUGCUCCGCCUCAGGGGAGGUAUGCAGAUCUUUGUCAAGACGCUGACCGGUAAGACCAUCACUCUUGAGGUUGAGCCCAGUGACACCAUUGAGAACGUCAAGGCCAAAAUCCAAGAUAAAGAAGGUAUUCCUCCUGACCAGCAGCGUCUGAUCUUUGCUGGAAAGCAGCUGGAAGAUGGUCGCACCCUCUCUGACUAUAACAUCCAGAAAGAGUCCACCCUCCAUCUUGUCCUGCGUCUGAGAGGUGGUAUGCAGAUCUUCGUCAAGACACUGACUGGUAAGACCAUUACCUUGGAAGUGGAGCCAAGUGACACCAUUGAGAAUGUCAAGGCUAAGAUCCAAGAUAAAGAAGGUAUUCCCCCUGACCAGCAGCGUCUGAUCUUUGCCGGUAAGCAGCUGGAAGAUGGACGCACCCUCUCGGACUACAAUAUCCAGAAGGAGUCCACCCUCCACCUGGUGCUCCGCCUCAGGGGAGGUAUGCAGAUCUUCGUCAAGACGUUGACCGGUAAGACCAUCACUCUUGAAGUUGAGCCCAGUGACACCAUUGAGAACGUCAAGGCUAAGAUCCAGGAUAAAGAAGGUAUUCCUCCUGACCAGCAGCGUCUGAUCUUUGCUGGCAAGCAGCUGGAAGAUGGUCGCACCCUCUCUGACUACAACAUCCAGAAGGAGUCCACCCUCCAUCUUGUCCUGCGUCUUCGUGGUGGCAAUUAAUCUAGUAAUGUUUAAGUCUAUAAAUUAAUGAAAACCAAUUUCUCUCCUUGUUACACGAUCAUUCAAUAAAGUUCAAACAUUCCUCA